AUGCUGGAGGAGACGAGACUCUGGGCGGAGGCGGCAAGAGCUCGUGGGCAACUUGGUGUCAACCGUGAAGGUUCCACCAGCGCUGCUGUGAUCGAAGGGGGGGAUGAGGCGGAGCCAGCGCCGCCAUCUGCUGACGACGUCGACCGUCUCGUGGCGGUACUCUGCCUGCUCGGCGGCCAGUUUGAGGGCUUGUACCCGGGGGGCAGGGUACUCUGUCGCUUGCCCCCUGGAGAGAGCUCUUCCGAGGUCCCCGGCGGGUGGGAAGACAGGCCAACAGUAGAGGCGACCGUGUUACGGCUCCCGUUCUCUGGAACGAAGUCGCCUGGUGGCAACAGCAAGCCCGUUGGAGACCUACCUGCGGAUGAGACGACAUCCGCGGACGGUGGUAGUGGUGAUGGGGCCGGGAGCAGCGGGGUCGAGAGCGCAGAAGGGCAGCGGCAUAUGGCGAGUCGAGUGUUCUCGGCGCGAUUGUUGCCGCGCCCGGCAGGUUGCACUCGGCCGCUGGACGUCUACGAGGGACUCGCCGAUGAGGGGUUUUCCAGGGACGCGGAGGCGUCGACAGCCGUCGCGAGGCCGGUGCACGAACAGCGACGGCUGGAGCGGCAGGAGCGACUGAUGCAGGAGCAUCGAGCCCUUUCGCUGCGUAUGCAGGGUGGAAGGUUCGGCAGAGUUUCCCGUCCACAUGGUCAAGGCAGGAUAAACGUAGGGGGGGAGCAACCUCUGCCCAUCGUGGGGCAAUCACUGCUCUUGUCAAGGAGAGGAAGGGGGGAGGAAGGCAUGGCGACGACGGACAACCCUGCCGGCGGUGGUAGCGUCUCUGCGUCGGCUUCUCACAGGAGGCAGCAGCCAGUCAGCGCCUGCGAGGAGUUGGUUACCGUGGGCUUUUCGCGAGAUGACCGAGGAGUCGCACCCGCUCCCCGCGCGUUUACUGUUCCUGCCGAUAGCGUGACCCUGGUGCACAAAGGGGUGCCAGGAGCGCUCGUGAGGACGCUGACCUCGUACGCUCUGGAGUUCCUCCCUGGGCUGAAGGCUAUGCUGGAAGCUGAAACGACGUUUCGGGGCGAGGACCACAUGUGGCCUAUCUCCGUAGCAGGCGCGGAGACCGUCGAGCUAUCUUUUGACCCGAUGUCGCGCGUCGCCCGCCCGGAGGACCACAUCGCUCUCAGCUGGCGGACGCCGUCCGGAGGCAGCGGCCACCGUCGAGUCUGCCCGUGCUCCCCAGCAAACCACAGCAGUGGCCGCGGGGGUCCCAGACCCUGCGAGGACGACGACGGGGGAAGCCAAGCCUGGCCGGGGGUCGGAGUGGAACCUCCUCUGUUGGUGAUGGCGGGAGAAUUGACUGUGCGGUUCGUAACUGACAUCGCCCUUGACCCCACUUCGGCUGAAGCGGGAGCUGCCUCUGGAGGGGGGGACGAUGAGACGUCGGGGGCACGACCGACGGCGACGCGGGCAUGGGGUUUUCGUCUGACAGCCGUAAGCCCAAAGGUGUCGCCGAAAACGCCGCGGCCUCAACCACCAUCGAAAGCGCGGGCAACCUUGUGCGACCUUCGCGCCCGUGCGUCCUUGGGUUUGGCGUCGCUCCUGGAGCACGGUGAAAUGUCCGCAAGACUCGCCCCUGUGUUGCCGGUCUUGGUGAAGGCUGCCCUUGGAGCUGCCUCAGAGGUGGCGAUCGGUGGCGAUAUUCCCGGCGCCGGGACUCCACAGCCGUGGCUGGAACGUCGACUGGCUCGUGCUUAUGACCUCCUUCACAGGCAGCGCGGACCUCCAUCGAGGUUACCGGAAGCCGAUUUCGUCCAGUUUCCCUACAGCAUCGGCGCCACCCCUCCGCCGCAAAGGGAUACCUUGGGCGAAAGCUCCACUGCUGUGGCCACUAGCGCCGAUCGCCUCGUCACUUCGCCGUCUACGGAUUCCUGUUCGUCGGGAUCGACCGCUCCAGAAGCCGGAUAUGUGGGGGGGGCACUACCUCUCGAACAAUUCAGCAGCACCGCAGUCGGAUUGUGCUCGGACUAUCCAUGGCCCAGGUGGGACAAAGAAUCGAGGCGCUACGUCGUGUGCAUUGGCGGCGUCGCAGCUUUCGACAAGCCGAAACUGGCCAACGGUGACGGGUCGAGUUCGCGGCAGUUGGCACGGCUGAGGCACGGAGCAACUGUGGCAGUGGUGGCGCAGCAACGAGAUUGGCUGAAGGUGAUCUACGAUUCCAAGGCAGUCUUCACGCCCACGACCGACGACCAACUUCGCCACUCAACAUCACUCGCGGACUUCUGGGUCCGGCAGCGGCAGGACGGCACGUUUUUCCUCAUGCCGGAGGCAUUGGCGGGCAAGGAGCUGGACAUGGAAAUGGUCCCCGAUUGCCCCGAUCUUGGCAGCAAGGAAGGCGGUGAAAUUGUUUCCAUGCUCCUUGGGGACGAGUACGACGAUGAAGAGGAUGCACGUUUCGCGCCACUGGAGGGGGAGAUCGACCGCACGGACGCCGAGCGGAAAGCGGCGCGCUCUACGGAGGGGUGGGAUGCCGCGACAACUCACUCCCCCGGGGAUGUGGGCGGAGGAAAAGCGAUCGCAGAUGACGACGAUCAGCGGGACGUCGAAGGCCAGACCGGCGGUGCUCUGUGGGCCUCAACGGUAGACACCCUCUGUGCCGCGACCGCGACGUACGGAGUAUCCGCUCUUCUGGCGGUGGCGGCGCGCUGGCAAGCUGGGGCCGGGAAGCCGUCUUACUUGGAUCUCUUCGGCUCCGCGCGGAGCUUGUGGGAGUUCCUUCGGCUGACGAGCGUCAUCGAAAAGGGCGAUCUACAGUCAGCAGCCUUUUCAACGCUAAAGCAACACGUGGGCGAGCGCGUUGCGAGCGAAGGGGGAGGGGCAUUCGGCGGACGCCUUACGGGGCAUGCGCUCGGUGCUCUGCGGAACCUCGCGGCACAGCCUAGAAUCAAGGCCGUGGCACGUGUCUUCGAAACGCCCCACCCAUAUCAAAACAAUAUGAAUGUGGAGUGGGACGUGUACCUGCCCGAAGCGAAGAGGAUCAAGGUCGUCUUCGAUCCUCGCUCUCGUACGGAAACCAGCUGCGACUGGGUGGACAUCAUCCUGCAGGACCCUGACGGCGCCGCUGUCCCUUCAAUAUUAAGUCGAGGGCUGCACCACCGCUUUCAUGGGCAGGGCGGCCGCGAAAACUUCCCCGGUUUCGGCGGCCGCCUACCGCUGUGGCUUGAAGGGAACCGCUUCGUCGCUCGCUUCCAAAGCGACCCCACCGCCACUGAUUGGGGGGUCCGCUUUACUGCCUACGGGAUACUCGACUGCGAUGGGAGGGACAGCAGUGGUUGUAACGGCAAUGGUACGGUAGUGGAUGGGUUGAACGUUGAUGAUGCUUCGUGUGGCCCCACAAACGGGGCGGCGCAGGGCGUGGCCACACCGGCACCAACGGGCGUUGUGACCGGUACUACUACUGUGGCCGUUCCCACCUUAGUGGCAAAAGGACGAGCAGGGGCCCGUGAGGUCGAGUUAUGCUGCUGGGUUCUCGACUCGCUAAGUCGCGAGGGACAUGCGAUGCCCGAGGUGGCAUCGCGCCUGUGCGACAACAGCGCGUUGGAGGCGUUUGAGGCAUGCCUGAAGACCUUUUCUCAGGAGCGGCGACUAAGCAUCCUACGGUUCAUCACCGGCAUCGUUGCGAGAGUUGGACCAACGGCGGGAGCGGAGGUGACGGCAGCGGGUUCCUCGGCCGUGGCUGACUCUCCGAACUCACGAGCAUCGGCACACCCGUCGUACGCGGACACCUGUCGCCUGCUCCAGGCCGUCCUCUCGCUUGCCGAGACUCAACGAGCCAUCGAAGAUGGAUGUUCGGUGGCAUCACCGUACUUGCAAGGGCUUGUGGAGUGCACCGUGGUUCUGCGCAAUUUUCUGGUCGAUUUCGCAGACUGGCCCAAGAGUCCAGGGCCUGAGAAAGACAGACUCGGCACACCUCCUCGGGCAGACCAUGCUGCUGAGCGGGAUGCCAAAGAGGCGGAGAGGCACUGUGAUCUUUCACCGGGAGCCGAAACUGCUAACGCUUCACCUGCUGCUACUCGGGAGUCACCAAAGACUUUGGAAAGGAAACUUUUGGGUGGUGGUGGUGCAGGGGCGGAGGCCGUUGAGGACGUGGCUUCAAUCUGGUCAGCGCUGCGUGAUUUUUCCCGGGGUACGGCUCCAGGGCGUCUGCUGGUGAAGGAUUUCCUGCCGAUGUUGACCGAGGCCUGCUCGGUGAUAGUCCAGAGCGCCCACCCCUUCGACCGGCUGGCGCAACGCCGCGUCGUCUUGGUUCCAGGCGCGGUAGGGGUACAGGUGCGGUUCGACCACCGCACGGAAAUGCGGCAGGACGACCGGAUCGUCAUCCGAGAUCCAGCGCGUCGCCAGCCAGUGGCAGGAAGGUCGGUGGUUGCGACAACGCUCAGCCAACAUGCCGACUCGGGCUGCUGGUCGGGGAUCGGAAAAGACGCGCCGAUGGUCGAGAGUUGCAACCUGCUGCGCGAUGGGGGUGAGUUGGGCUUCUCGGGACUGUCGGGUGGACGAUCGGACGAUCUCCCUCUCGUGUCGGUCGGCGAUCACGUCGUUCGCGGCCCUGACUGGGCGUUCGGGGAUGAGGAUUGCUCCGGAAGACAGCAGCAAGGGUCGUCGAGAAUAGGGACAGAUCCUUCCGCACAGGCCUCUGCUUCUUCUCGCUGCUCCCGGCCUCGAAUUGGCGUCGUCGUUGCGCUAGAAAAAUGGGGAGAACGCGACGCCGCUGGGGUUCGAGUGCGAUGGGCAACGGAAUACGUGGACACCGCCGCCGCCGCCGCCGCCGGAGCGAAGAGGGACCAAGGAAGAGAAGGGUUUGAAGCCCUCUACUGCGUGCAAAAUCCGGCUCACGUGUGCGUCGUUGAGCGCGGGGGAGAUGACCGGGCGCGGAGACCAAUCGUCAGGGCAGGUUCCUCUGUUGAGGUAGAGGUCGUGCCGGGUGCGAGCGGCAAGGGUGAUGAAACCACGCCCCCCACCUCUGGAAGUCCGAGCGACGCCCACUUGUUCCGCUUCGACGGAGAGUCAACCCACGUCGACCUGCCCAGCUACCGAGGCAUGCGCCUCGAGGGCGACUUCACGCUCGAAGUGUGGGCGUGGCUUGACCUCGGGUGCGCGCAUGACGGGAAAACAAAGUGCGUUGUUUCGAGGGUGCUUCAUCAGCCAUACCACCAGGGCAGGCCCGCUGCCAAGGCGCGCCGGUCUCCUUCGGGAGAACACGCAAGGCGGGCGCCUUCUAGCUUGGCUACGGCUGACGGAAGCGAGCAACCAGGCGGGGUUGUAGCUGCAGGAGCCGCGGCGCCACCGCGAGUCGAUGGCGGCUUGUCGCCGAUGGAAGGCACAAGACUUGUCUCCCCGCCCGCAUCGUCGCCUGGCAACGCUCAUGUUGGGGUGAAAGAAGUGGACCAGCACGGGGCCGACGAAGUGGGUCGGGGAGGGGCGGGGUGGGAGCGGGUCCGCCUUGAGAAGGGGUUAACGUCGGCGAGCGGUGCCGUCAACGGCUUCGCAGACGGUGGGUUACCGCAGCCCUUGCUGCCAAGCGGUGGAACUGGUGCAGGUGAUAACGAGCGAGGGGACGAGGAGAAAACAGACAGAUACGCGUGCGGAGAAGAGUCAAUUUUUGUCGAAGGUGACGACGGGAUCGAGGAGAGUGAGGACGACGAGAACGACUGCGAGGUGCGCGAGGAUAACGGCCGUGCCAACAGCUACGAGGCCGAUGACAAUGGGAAGUUAAGCCUAAGCUUCGAAGACGCUGUGCCGAGUGCCCCGCAGGAUGUUGUCAUCUCCAGCGUCACGGACAGCAGCAUCAAAAUGAGUUGGUCCCCCCCAACUCGUGUUGGCCGCCCAGCGCUCCACAGCUAUAUCAUCUGCCUUGAUGAUGUGGAGAUUGCCUCUGUGGGUGCUGACACGCUGGAGUUCUCCAACACCAACCGUCCACCGGGGUCGUUGUGCACCUACAGCGUGGCCGCUCGUGGGGCAGCGGGUACGAGCCCCUGCUGUGCACCGGUUGUAGCGGGCACAACCACAGAGGACGACACGAGAACGCAACUGGCGCUUUGGGUAGGGGGUCGGGGCGAGAUAGAAUUUUCCAUGGAGAACGAGCGCGGGAAGGGUGUUCUCCUCGGAGCAGGACAGUUUCGGGAGGGCAUGUGGACGCACAUGGCCGUUUCCGUGGAAGGCCGUAGGGUUUCGAUGUUUGUCGACGGCGAGCGUCGAGCAUCCGGCACGUUUGUGGGCCACCGGCUCUUCUCCGGCUCUCCAUCUCUCUCUGCCUACGACCACCAACACCAACACCAGCAUCGUCGGCCGAGCGCAGAACCUCUACGCCUGGGAAGCAGAGGCGCGCAAGACUUCUGGCGUGGCCGCCUUUGCGGGAUGAGGGUGUGGGGCGCAGCGUCACAAGCCUUGGACAUAAGACGGAGAUUUUCCUCCCUUCCCUCGGCGAGCUUUGUCCGUCCUGCACCGCCGUCUUCCUUUGGCGUCGAAGUUCCUGGCACCCAAAAAACGAUUUGCAGGCUCCGGUUGCACGCUCCCUUGCCGGACCCGUCGGAUGGUGAGGUAUACCUUACGCCGCCAGGGGCUCCUGUGCGUGAUCGGGAAAGGAAAGCCUACUACGAGGUGGUCCUACGAUCCGGCGGGUGCAUGCAGAUUGGCUGGGCGCUCCCCUCUUCCUGCCCUUCCUCUCACAUCCUAGCGGUGGGCGCCGACGACAAGAGCUGGGCUGUUGAUGGCAAACGGUCCGCCAAGUGGCACGGCAACGUCUUGCCGGCUCCUUCUCCCGCCUACGCGCAUGGUGUGCCGCACGGGGCGGACUGGGAGUGGGCAGCAGGGGACACGAUUGGCUGUGCUGUCGAUCUCGACGAGGGGGUAAUGUCGUUCAGCCACAACGGACGAAACCUGGGAGAGGCAUUCAACCGCGCAACCACAGGCCGUGGUGUCGGUCGAUACCGAGUCAUCGCACCCCGCGGCGUCGAGUGCCGACUUGGUGUCGACGAACAGUCUCCAGUGGUUGAAACUUACCCCGCAGGAACCGUGCUGCAAGUCUCCCGACUCGAACGAUUAUCAAGAGGGGGACGCUUGCGCUUGCGCACAGCCGCGGGUUGGGUUGCCGAGAGGGAUGUUGAUGAUCCGGACGACUUCCACUUGGAGCGUCUAGAGCGAGAUACGAGCGACUCUGCCGACUACGGUACCGGUCCCGAGCGCUGCGUAUUUGUGGACGUGCUAAGAAGUGCUUCUGAGUCGGCGGCGCCUGGGAGAGGCAGAGAGGGCUGCCUCCGGCCCGUCACGCCUCUCCACGAGUGCAAGGACAUUGCCGUCGGAGAGGGUUGGUCCGACGUGGUUGCUACCCCGGAGGGUUCGGCAGAUGGAUGCUUGGUGACCGCCGCACAUACCCAAGACGCGACGCCAGGCAAGGGCCAGCCGCCACCAACGCGGAGCUUGCUCACGAGAGGCGUGAACGUCGGGACCGCGGACGUGGCGACCUUCUUCAUCGAACUCUUCGUGCCGGCUUGCGAGCCCGCCGCCACCGACGCUUUUGACGGAGGAAGAUGGGCAUGGGGUGUGGUCUUGGCUGACUUCAACGCCUAUCUCACGACCCAGUGCAGGGCGACCAGCACCACGCGGGAUGGCGGCGGCGGCGGCGGCGGCGGCAGCUCUGGCGACGAAACGGUUGCACCGGGGCAUGAGGUCGCUUUAGAUGGUGACAAGGACCGCCGCCAGAGCACUGCUGGAGGGUCGCUGCACGUCGUUGUCGACGGCCCGGGCGGCGUCUUCCACGCCAUACCCGUGUGCUCGGCGUUCCGGGGGCGGUGGAUGAACAUGAGGAUAGUGGCCCACAGGUCGGGAGAGUCCUUGCUCGUUUGCACUCCAGGUGCCGAACAGCCCCACGACCACCAGCAAGCCACCGAUAGCGAUGCCACCAGCGCGAUACCCCGGGAUCACGAAGACGCGUCGGUUUCGACGUCGACCAAGGCAGGGGCUGGACACCAGCAGCAUAGACUCAGGGAUCUGGAACGCCUCGUGUCGGCGGCACACCGUCGACGGAUGGAGGAGCCCACGGCUCGUCCGUCGCUCGUCUUGGCACGGCAGCGGCUGCGCCAGAUUUGGUCGGGAGAGGUCCCGCCGCCCGUACCUCAUUCUACCACCGCAGGCAUCACCACCGAGGUUGGAGCUUCCGCUGCCACCGCGAAUGGAUUUCCGCCGCAAGGGAGGACAACCACUCACUCGACGCUGAUAGUGCGGCACCCUUUGCUCUCCCCGGGGCGAGUUGCUCUCGGCACCACGGUUUCUCUCUCCCGGAACUGUACUGGAACCACCACACCACGCCCCACCCACGGAAAUGAUGGCGAUGUCGGGCCGGCGCAAAGGCGGUCUGUCACGGCGUGGGAGCACCCUGGGCUGCAAACGCCCGCGAGGUUCGAGCCGGUGCCGCUGCCGGCUGGGUUGUCAACGCGGACGGUGGCUGGCGGACGAGGGUUGUGGGCGUGGGCCCCCGUGCCGCGGUCGGAGGCGUUCUUGGCGAUGGGCUUGGUGUUUACGGCGGAACCGGAGCCGCCGUCGUUGACGGACGUGCGCUGCGCGCGGAAGGAGCUUGUGGUCAACGCCCAGCCACACAAAUGCAAGGCCGUGACGCUGCAGCGAACGACGGAGCAACCAGGCGAACAACGCGGUGUCGAAGACACUGACCAAUGCUGCGAGGAAAUCAUCAUCGUGGAGGAAAUGGGGGUGUGCGUCCCCAAGAACGGGUCGGCAUGGGGCCUGUCCCCGCGUGUUGUUCUCGGAGACACGGGCACCAAUCUCGGCCGGCGCCAGCCCCGGUGGGACGGCCUCAUGCCCUCGAUCAGCGGGACGGCAGGACAAGGAAUGGUGGUAAAUAUCGGGCAUCUACCCUUCCGCUACCCGAUGAACGGCUAUGCUCCCGUGUCGCAGGUGGCUCACGCCGACGCACGUUUCGUGCUGCAAGUCUACGACGACGCAAAUAGAAUGUGGCAGGACGUUCGGCCUAGCCACGGCUUGAUGGACGGAAGAGCGCCACCGCGCGCGCCAGAGCUGAUCGGCAGCUGGUCGCUUUGCGCUCGCACCAGUGCCACGGACACCGCAGACGGCAGAUAUCUCGCAAACGACGUCUUCGUCGAAUUCGCAGCCCACACGCCGCCGCCAUCCGCCCACAACAGCAGCGGUGGUGACGGCAAGUUGGUGAGGUUGCCGCCAGCCCGGGCCGGCGGCACUCUGGAGGCUGCGGCGCCUGGGGGGCCGCCGAUGCCGAAAGAGGAGCAAGAGCGGUUUGAGACGUUCGCGGCUCUCGUGUGGGGAGAGCAAGGGCAAGCGCUUGCUUCGAACGCGGAGUUGGUCAGGUAUGUAAAUGCCGUUGCAUCACGGAAGGGGCUAUCGAAGGAGGCGCUGCUCACCUGCGACUGGGCGGCGUUGCAGCCCCCCGGCACAGACCUCGCAGACUGGCCGCUGCUGCAGUCAAUGGCGGCGUCGCGAACGGCGGCAACGGUGGCUACAGCCUAUGUCGUUUCCCCAAGGCCUUCUUCCGGCGACGGAGGAGGAGGCGUGGAGGAGACGAAGCAAAGCGACCCGCCCGGAGGUGCCCGUCAAGGCGUCGUCGCCGCUAUGGACGACAACGACGGGCGGUACGACGAGUGGGUAGUGGCGAAGGCCGUCGCCUCCGGCCCGGAGAGGAGGGGCGUGAGGGUAAGGAAAACGCCUGUCGAGUACGGGAAUGUGUUGUGGCGUCUCCCGUCCGGACAAGCGGCGCGACUUCUGCCGCCGCUGCCGCCGCCGCCGCCGGGAGGACGGGGGACAAGCGAGAGCUCGACGGGCGGGGCAGGGUGGAGACGUGUUCGCGGCGCGGGGGGUGACACGGGGUGGCUGCCCAUUACCUCUAUAGACGCCACGGGGUCCCCGGUACCGUCUCCGCUUGAACGCGUCUGGGCGCGUAGGUUCAUCCUGGAUUGGUUCUCUCCGGAGGCGGCGGGAUGGCCAAGAGGCGAGGAAGGCGACAACGAGGGCGGGUUGGAAGCGCGUGCAGCAGCAUCAAGCCUUGACGUUAAGGAAGGCGGCGACGACGGCGCCGCCGUGAGGAGUCAUUCCCCGAUUUCCGCCGCACGUCUCCUGGGGAACAGCGACGCCCUCUUGUUGAGCGCGGUCGAUGCUGGGGGCGGCGACGACAGAGGAACCUUGCUCGUCACAGGGAAGUGGACAGUUGGGUUGGUGACGGACAUGCUCACCGUCACGACAAGGACAAGCGGUUGCACGAGGAUAGAAGUUCCGCCUGUCGCACGGGACGGCAGCGCUAGCAGCGUCGGGGGAAAGGCGGAACAGACGGCAGACCCCUUGCCCGUGCUCGUCGAUGGGCUCGUCUUCGGCUUCCGGGCGGUGGAUGGCCUCCUCGUUGUAACCCGGGCGUUUCCGACGGCCACCGGGGAGGGAACGCUGCAAUACGGGCAGCGCGUGGAGCAACAGGCCUUAGCGUGGCUGGGAGGGCUAGACGAGGGGGCGGAGGUUUCUUUCUCGAUUGUCGACAGCGGCCAAGAUGUCGUGUUCAGCUGCAGAGAGGUCGGCGCACCCCGACGGACGGCCACGGUCCGAACGAAGUGUAGGGACACGUGGGGCCGUGGGCGGGUGGCCCUCGGAUGUCGAAGUGUGAAGACAGAGUCCUCCACCAGCGGGUGGGUCCGCGUGACGAGCCAGGCACACGGCGCCACGGUACGUUCCGGCAGGAGCAUCGACGCCGACGGGGUAGUGGGUCGAAUCCCCUGCGGGACGGUGGUACCCUUCGACAGCGCGGUCUUGUACCACUCUCCCGGGGCUCCAGAUCGCGUCGGCAUCGAACCGGUGAUUCGUUACCGGUGCUUGGCGACUGCAACGACGCCGGCGGGCUGGAUCAGCGAGCGGGGAAGGUACGCCAAUCACCCGUAUCGCAUCUGUGAGCAGAUUCUCGCACGGCCGCAGCAAACCCCCGCGUCCAUCUCGCACGUCUCGGUUGCAAGAGUUCAAUCACCGGCAUCCUUUGUUGGUGGGGACACUCUAGCGGGACGGAGCAGUUUUUUCCGGGACCAACCGCUGCCGCCGGUCCGGAAGGCAGGGAAUGCCGGCAGCACGGCGGAGGAAACCCCUGGCGAGGAAGACCAGCAGCGCCGGGAGUCAGAGUGGCAGCAACGCCUCGGUGAGCUAGCGGUGCUACCGACCAGGUUCCACCUGCUCCAGCAACUAAACCGAGGCGUGUCGAAAGUGCUGAGGUAUGUCGACCUCUCGCAGGGAGACCUGCCGUGGUCGGUGGCCAGGCUGCUCUCCCGCUGCCGCCACCUGGUUUUCUUUGCCCUCAGGCAGGAGGCGUGGCAGGCCGAGCUCGCGAGAACGUCGCGACCGCCGGCGGCGGCGGCGGUGGCGCACUCAAGCGGGGAGGCGACGCCGCCGUCCUUGGAACUCCGGCUCAGCCGCGGCCGAGCUGCUCGGCACGCGGGGUUGGGCACGCUCCGGGCCGACCAGAAGGGGCGGCAGACCUUGUUCUGCCAGGCCUUUUUCUCGUUGAGGAAUACGGAAGAGUCGUUGUUCCGGCUACGGCCGGGAGAAGUGCUCUACAGUACGGUUUUCGUCGGAGAACAUGCGCACGAUGCGGGAGGCCCGUACCGCGAGUCCUUCGCGGAGUAUUGCGCCGAGCUUCAGUCUGGUGCGCUGCCGUUGCUGAUCAAGUGUCCCAACUCGGUGAACGACGUCGGCAUCAACCGUGAGAAGUGGCUCCCGAACCCGGCCAUCGGCAAGGUAGGCCCCAGCGCGGCGCUGCACGCCGAGAUGCUGGGUUUCCUCGGCCGUUUGAUGGGCGUCGCAAUUCGCUCUCAGGAGCCGCUCGACCUGGACCUGCCUUCGAUAGUCUGGAAGCAGCUCGUGCGCUCGCCGAUCACCAGGGACGACCUAGAGGCGGUCGAUUUCGCGCUGACUCAAAGCCUUAAGGCCGUCCGCAACAUCCACCUGCGAGGAGUUGCAACAGACGAGGCUUUCAGAGACCUGGGGCUCGGCGGGUUCGAGGUCGCCACCGCGGACGGCGGGAGGGCGGGGCUGCCGACUCCCGGUGGGGCGGCGCGGGAGGUGACCCUGGACAACCGCCUGGAGUUCGCCGAUAUGGCGGAGGAGUUCAAGAUGCGAGAGUAUCGGGUGCCGGUGGAGGCCAUCCGUCGCGGCCUGGCUUCCGUGGUCCCCAUCGAGCACCUCAGGCUGUUCUCGUGGGACGAGCUGGAGGUGUUCGUGUGCGGCCGCAAGGAGGUGGACGUGGACCUCCUGGAGGCCUGCACGGAGUACACCCUGUGCUGCCGGCAGGAUUCUCACGUGUCGGCCUUCUGGGACGUGCUCCGGUCCUUCUCGCCGAGGGAGAAGUCGCUCUUCCUCAGGUUCGCGUGGGGGCGAUCGCGCCUACCGCUCAGCGCGGACCAGUUCCACCAGGCCUUCAAGAUCCAGGCCUUCGCCCGCACUCCCGCGGACGCCUACCUGCCCGUGGCGCACACAUGCUUCUUCAGCUUGGAGUUGCCCCGUUACAGCAGCCGAGAGGUCUUAGAGACAAAGCUUAGGUACGCAAUCUCCAACUGCCGCGCGAUGGACGCGGACGAUACGAGCGUCGGGCGAACGGCUGCUGGCCUAGGUUGGGGCGGGGAUCCGUGAGGAAUGAACGAGGCGCGUUUAGGGCCGGUCGUGUGAGCACUGUAGGUGAUAGCAGUGUCGAGUCCGGAGGGGAGCGACCUGGGGAGAUAAAAGGGUUGGGUUGCGGGAGGUGGCCGCCACUUCUUCAAAGUGGUCGGUCGGGAAUGUAAGAAGACGUGGUGAGUGAAUACGCAGUGCGAGGUUGUCCUGCUGUCUCUGAAUGUGUUUGGGGGUGAAAUUAUCGAGACUACGAUUUGUGUGUGUGCAGACAGAGGUGUGUUGGUGUAUGUACUUGCAUGUGUGUCCUAGAGGGGGUACACUCUUGAGGUUUUUCUUAUACCGUCUUCUUCUGUUCCGGUGUGCCUUGUUUGGGUUUGGUCACAAAUGAGCGCCAAUGCAAAGUUUGCGGUUGCGUGAAGCAAAGGAUGCCGCCCUUGGUGUGCCUGGGUUGUCUGUGUGUAUGUGUGUCUCGUCCUUGACGGUCUUUUUGUUCAAGAUUGUUCCAUGUUCCAUACUGUAGACUUCCGCGCGGGAAUGGGCGCGACGGGAUUCAUUCCUGAUCGAACGUGAACAACACCAGCUGUCGGUGUCAACAGCGUGCAAGACCACCACCAAAUAUAAAACAGCGCGACAUACAUCCUUGUGUUGUCCGCUGCCCCUGUAUGGAAUUUUAACUAUACAUAUGGUAUGCAGCAGUGUUUAUAAGGUUCUCUUCUCCGGAGGCGCUUCUUCUUGGGACGAUGGAAUUCGUGUUGAAUCGUACACGCUUUGGAUGACGGUGUAGUUUGUGCGUGAUUUUUUGUCGGGGGCAACCGCAGGUUGUGAAUCUAAUAGCCGGAACGGAAGGUUGUGUGUUUUGGUACCAGGCUCUGUACCUCGUUUGUAAGGUCAGUUUUCGUUUUUCGUGCUUUUUCUCGGGGCCCAACUGUCCUUUGGAAGGGUCUGAGACAC